AUGACUUCAGACGAGGCAAAAAAGGCACGUUUUUGUUUACAUGGCGGGCCAAGUUACGAAGGCUACUCCUUCGGGGCUCCUGUAUCUGUCGGCGGCGAGGUGGUGUUCACUACCUCCCUCGUGGGCUAUCCCGAUUCGAUGACAGAUCCGUCAUACAAGGGCCAGAUAUUGGUGUUCACCCAACCGCUUAUUGGCAACUAUGGCGUUCCAGAUGGGUCAGUUAGGGACCAAUACGGGCUGUUGAAGUACAUGGAAUCCAGCAAAGUCCACGUAUCGGCAAUUGUCGUCGCGGAGUAUGCGUGGGAAUACUCCCAUUGGACGGCUGUACAGUCGCUAGGUGACUGGUGCAGGAAAGAGGGAGUUGCCGCCAUCGGCGGCAUAGAUACGCGGGCUGUCGUGCAGUAUCUACGUGAGAGUGGCUCUACUAUGGGGAGGGUUGAUGUCGAGGGUGCAGCUGCGUCUGCUCGCGUAGUCGAUCCGUCAAAGGUAAACUUGGUGGCCCAGGUAUCGACAAAGUCGCCCUUUUAUAUACCGGGAAAGCCUUCCAGGGUCAACUACGAUGUAGCCCUAGUGGACUGUGGCGUGAAGGAAAAUAUACUGCGCUGUUUGGUAGUGAGAGGCGUGAACGUGACCGUAUUCCCCUAUGAUUACGACGUCUGUUCAAUAGCGCAUCAUUUUGACGGUGUAUUUAUUUCGAAUGGUCCGGGGGACCCUAUCCAUUAUCGUAAUAGCACCGUGGCGAACCUGAGACGUCUAUUGCAAGAUCCCGACCUGCAGCAGGUACCUAUCUUUGGUAUUUGUAUGGGGCACCAGUUGCUUGCACUUGCUGCAGGUGCUUCAACCGUGAAGAUGAAGUAUGGGAACAGAGCUCACAAUAUUCCAGCUCUUGACCUAAGCACCGGUCAGUGCCAUAUAACUUCUCAGAACCACGGGUAUGCGGUGGAUGCAGCUACAUUGCCCAGGGAUGAAUUUGUCCCAUUGUUUGUUAACCUGAACGACAAGUCCAACGAAGGAAUUAUACAUGUUUCGAGACCGAUAUACUCCACGCAGUUCCACCCUGAAGGAAAAGGGGGGCCGAUGGAUUGUUCGUUUUUGUUCGAUGAAUAUGUUGAACGUAUGCGGUGCUACCGGAAAUUGUUCAGACAGGAACCAUUUAUACGGUUUCCUGUCAUUGGUCUGCCAAAAGCCAGGGUUUUAUGA